CUUGGGGUUUGGAUGUGGUUGGACCUAUGACAAAGUCUUCCGCUGGACAUCUCUAUAUCUUGGCAGCAACAGACUACUUUUCCAAAUGGGCUGAAGCAGUACCUCUUCGAGAAGUAAAGAAGGAGAACGUUGCCGAUUUCAUCCGCAUCAACAUCAUCUACCGCUACGGAGUUCCUCGAUAUGUGAUCACAGACAACGGAAAGCCAUUCUGCAACGGUGUGAUAGAUAAACUUUGCGAAAAGUUUGGCUUCAAGCAAAGAAAGUCUUCAAUGUACAACGCAGCCGCCAAUGGACUCGCCGAGGCCUUCAACAAGACUUUAUGUAAUUUGCUGAAGAAAGUGAUCGCCAAGCUUUAUGGGCUUAUAGAACAACGUAUAGAACACCUACUCAAGCCACUCCAUAUGCUUUGGUGUACGGUGUGGAAGCAGUCUUGCCUCUUGAAAAACAAAUUCCAUCAUUGAGGAUAGCUAUACAAGAAGAACUCACUCAAGAAGAAAAUGCCCGUUUGCGUCUUGCAGAAUUGGAAGCUCUUGACGAGAAAAGAUUAGAGGCACAACAAAAUAUUGAAUGCUACCAAGAUCGUCUUUCUAGG